GCGACCUGGGUUCCGGAAGCUGGAGAGCUACAGCUUUGAAGCUGCCCUGGUCAAAGAAUGCUGAGUCCAGAGCGUCUCGCCCUAUCGGACUACGAGUAUCUGGCUCAGCGACAUGUCCUCACGUACAUGGAGGAUGCAGUGUGCCAGCUGCUAGAGAACAGGGAGGAUAUUAGCCAAUAUGGCAUUGCCAGGUUCUUCACUGAAUAUUUUAACAGUGUAUGCCAGGGAACUCACAUUCUCUUUCGGGAAUUCAGCUUUAUCCAAGCAACCCCCCACAAUAGGGCAUCAUUUUUGAGGGCUUUCUGGAGAUGCUUUCGAACUGUGGGCAAAAAUGGCGAUUUGCUGACCAUGAAAGAAUAUCAUUGUUUGCUGCAAUUACUGUGCCCGGAUUUCCCGCUGGAGCUCACUCAGAAAGCAGCCAGGAUUGUGCUCAUGGACGAUGCCAUGGACUGCUUGAUGUCUUUUUCAGAUUUCCUUUUUGCCUUCCAAAUCCAGUUUUACUACUCAGAAUUCCUGGACAGUGUGGCUGCCAUCUAUCAGGACCUGCUGUCAGGCAAGAACCCCAAUACAGUGAUUGUGCCAACAUCGUCCAGUGGGCAACACCGCCAUCGACCUGCCCUGGGUGAGACUAGCAUGCUGGAGGGAGUGGAGGCGUCACUGUUUUACCAGUGCCUGGAAAACCUGUGUGACCGGCACAAAUACAGCUGCCCACCCCCAGCACUUGUCAAAGAGGUCCUAAGCAACGUUCAGAGACUGACCUUCUAUGGAUUCCUUGUGGCUCUCUCAAAGCAUCAUGGAAUCAACCAAGCUCUAGGAGCUUUGCCUGACAAAGGGGACCUGAUGCAUGACCCAGCCAUGGAUGAAGAGCUGGAACGGCUGGUGGUGAGGUCGAGGCUGCACCGGACCUUGCGGCAGCACAGGGCCGAGAAGCCAGGGGCCUUUGGCUUUCAGAGAAGAGACAAAUCGGAGGCCCUGGAGACAUUGUCCUCAGCUUUGGGACCAACGCCCUACCCGUAUCGGUGGGAGCCACGAGAGUGAGGCGA